AACAGUGUAGUUGGUAUUUGACAUUGGAUUUCAAAUUUUUCCGUGACAUUUUGUUAUGAGUUGUAAACUUUCAAAAAUGUUGGUAAAUCAACUCAGAAAAGAUUUCUUGAAAAUAUGUGGCAAUCCAAAAAUCAAGCGAGUACUUUCUCGCACCAAAGAAAUUCUGCCUCCUACACCUCCAAACAAUAACCGCGGAAAUAGUAUCCAUCUCACAACCAUUCAGAAAACGAUUCUGGGUUUUGGAUCUUCCCUGGUUUCAUUAUACAAUCCGACACGAAUUGACAUGCUGAACUGUUGCGCUGAAAUUCUUUGUAGCACAUCUUUGCAAAAGAUCUUGAACGAUAUGAAAUUGGACAGUGUAGGGCGCCGAAUUCUCGAAGAAAAACCAAAUAUUUGCACAAUUGCUAAUGCCGAAAAGCUAAUUGAAUUACCCGAAAAAACAUUCGGAUUCGCCUUAGGGAAGUUUUUAAUGAAACAUGCAGCGAAUAUUGAGACAAGAACUGCAGUUAGAUUCAUUGACGAUCCAAAUUUGGCAUAUAUUAUGGAACGGUGUAGGCAAAUUCAUGAUUGUCUCCAUGUUGUACUCAACAUCCCUACGAACAAAGUGGGGGAAAUUACUAUAAAAUGGGUUGAAGCUUUGAAUGCAGGUCUGACCACUACGUAUUUAGCAGCAAUAGUUGGUGGAGCACAUAUUCCACGAAAAGAACGUGAAAACUUUAUUCAGCGAUAUUUACCCCUUGCAAUUCUCAAUGGCAAAAACACUGUCAAAUAUUAUUUAAUUUAUUGGGAGCAAAUGUAUGAAGAAGAUCUUGGCAGUCUAAGAAGAAAAAUUCAAGUCACUGCUUUUCCAUAAAAGUCUCACCAAGUGUAAACUCGUUGUUAAUUCGUGCUGCAUUGUUGAUUGUCAGAAAAAUUGUCAAAAGGGUAUUAGUUUCAAUUUUGAAUAUGAACGAGAGCUUAAAAAAAUUCUUGUUAUUAUAAAUAUACAAAAUUUUUGAAAUAAAACCCAUUUUUGAUGAUAUA